GCAGAAUUAGCUUAUUCACUGCUUUUCAACAAAGUUUAUCUUAAUAAAAAAGAAAAGGAUUUAGGUUGGCUAGAUGUGUUUCCAUAUCACCUAGAACUAUUUUCAACCUCUCGAACAAUUUUGAGUGAAAUUAAAGAGCUAAUAUCCCAAGAACCAAUUCCAUCUGAAAAGCUUGGAUUUUUUUCCACAGUAACAUCUAAAACUUUAUCAAAAUAUAAUUUUAGUAGUUUAAAUAUUGAUAUAGUGCCAAUUUUCGAUAACCCAACUGAACUUUUGUCAGAACUUGAAAUUUUGCUUUGUUUUUUGAAACGAACUUCUGGUGAUCGUGAAAUGGAAAUAACCAAUUAUCUUAAUAAAUGGAUGCGAUUAUCAACACUAACAGAAAAUCAGCAAUUUCAGAAAAUGGUUAACGGACUGAGAUUAAAACAUGUAGUUGCAUUAUACGAAUUAGUGGAAGAAAAAAUUGCGGAUGUAGAAAUUGAAUAUUUAUCCGAUCAAUAUAAAGUUCAGCUCUCAGAACAUUUAAAAAAUGAAAUUAACUCAGGCAUAAACUUUGAACAAUCACAUAGUACUGGUGGCAGUGAAAUCAGCGAACAUAAGAUUCCACAUGGAGCUUUUGCUUUAGUAUUAAAAAGGUUCAUGUUCCGGUAUUUGACAUCGGAAAUGUAUAACCCUAAUGAGAUGCUUGCCAAUUAUUUGGCCAGAGAUACUUUCAUUGAUUGUUGGCCAGUUUGGGUAACUGAUGACGUUAUUCGUGAUAAAUUUCCAAAAUCAUUAUUAGCUGCACAUAUUUAUCAUGCAUAUCAAUACACGAUUCAGAAUAUAAAGAAAACAACUUCUUACAAUAUUAAUAAUAAUCGACAAAAGGAUAUUCCAGCAAAACCAAGCUCAAACUCAAAUAUACGUGGUGAAAGUCGUGAAAGUCGUGGAAAUCGGGGAAUUCGUGGCGGUCGCGGAGGUCGCGGCCGAG